AUUAAUUUGGUCCAAGUAUUUAGCAAAACCGCGGAAUAUUAUGCGGAAUAUUAACUUAAAAACAACUGCGUUCUUCCAUUUAUUCAUUACUACUACCAAAGAAGUAGUCGUUUCGUCCUAAGACUAGUUACCUUUUCCACCAACCCAAGCUAAAACUUUAAUAUGCCUUCAGAGUCUGCUAAAAAAAGAAAAGAAAAAAAAAAAGUUGCUGGGCGUGGCAAGCCAAAUGCUAAGUUAGCUAAUGGCGAUGCUACAAAUGGUGAAGAAAAUGGAACGGUCAAUGGAGACGCAACACCUGUUAAUGCUGAUCCAUCUUCAGAUUUUGGAAAAAUGAAACUUUCAAAUAUAUCUGUUGCUGGUGUUUUACUAUCUCAUGUUGAUGCAAGAGAUUUGCACAUUGGUCAAAUAUCACUAAGGUAUCAUGGUGUUGAACUUUUAACAGAUGCUAACAUCGAGUUAAAUUGUGGUCGAAGAUAUGGUCUUCUUGGUGCUAAUGGUUGUGGUAAAUCCACUUUAAUGGAAGCAUUGGCAAAUAGAGAACUUCCCAUUCCUGAUCAUUUUGAUAUAUUUCAUUUAACAAAUGAAAUUCAUGCAAGUGAAAAAACAGCCUUGCAAUGUGUUAUGGAAGUAAAUAAUGAAAAGAUACGUCUUGAAAAAGAAGCUGAAGAGCUUACAUCUCGAACUGAAGAUGAGCGUUCUCAUGAAAGGUUACUGGAUAUUUAUGAAAGACUGGAUGAAUUAGAAGCUGGCAAAGCUGAAACUGCAGCAUCUCGAUUACUUCACGGACUUGGUUUUACACCCCAGAUGCAAGCUACAAAAACUAAAGAUUUUUCUGGGGGUUGGCGAAUGAGAGUAGCACUAGCUAGGGCAUUGUUUGUAAAACCCUCAAUUCUUCUGUUGGAUGAGCCAACAAAUCAUUUGGACUUAGAUGCAUGCGUAUGGUUAGAAGAGGAACUUAAAACAUAUAAAAGGAUAUUGGUACUUGUAUCACAUUCUCAAGAUUUUCUUAAUGGAGUAUGUACAAAUAUUUUGCGUAUGUUUCAAGGAAAAAUUAUGAGUUACUCAGGUAACUUUGAUCAAUACAUCACAACUAGAGCUGAGUUAGAAGAAAAUCAAAUGAAGGCAUACAAACGAGAGCAGGAAGAGAUAGCACAUAUGAAGGAUUAUAUUGCUCGAUUUGGUCAUGGAAGUGCCAAGUUGGCUCGUCAAGCUCAGAGUAAAGAGAAAACACUUGCAAAAAUGAUUGAGGGAGGUUUAACACAAAAAGUUGAAGCUGAAAAGAAUAUUGAGUUUUACUUUCCUGAUUGUGAAAAACUUCCUCCGCCUGUCUUAGCUAUUGAGCAUGUUAGUUUUAGAUACAGCGAGACAAAGCCAUUUAUAUAUAAAGAUCUUGACUUUGGUAUGGAUUUGGACACACGAGUUGCAUUAGUUGGACCUAAUGGUGCUGGAAAAAGUACUCUUCUAAAACUUUUAGUCGGUGAGCUUGCACCAACCAGUGGAAGAAUACGAAAACAUCAACAUCUUAAGUUUGGAAGAUUUCAUCAGCAUUUGCACGAUAUAUUAAUCAUGGAUAUGUCAGCCUUGGAUUGGAUGAUGAAAACUUUUCCUGAAGAAAAAGAAAUUGAACCAAUGCGUAGAUUUCUAGGAAGAUAUGGACUUACAGGAAAGCAACAGACUUGUCCAAUUGGUAACUUAUCGGAUGGUCAGCGAAGUCGUAUUAUAUUUGCAUGGUUAGCUUAUCAAAAUCCACACAUGUUAUUGCUUGAUGAACCUACGAAUCAUUUGGAUAUAGAAACUAUUGAUGCAUUAGCAGAAGCUAUUAAGGAAUUUAACGGUGGAGUGAUUUUAGUUAGUCACGAUUUUCGCUUAAUCAUGCAGGUUGCGAAAGAAAUAUGGGUUUGUGAAAAAGGGAAGGUGACGCCUUAUAAAGGAGACAUAUUCCGUUAUAAAAAAGAAUUGAAAGCUAGAAUUAAAGAUAUAGCUGUCAAAUAAUAUCUAAAUCUUAUAAAAUCUUUAGUUUUCCUGUUCUUUUAUGGAAAAAGUGUUAAAUGGAACUAUAUAGUCAUAUUUCGGAUAUCACUAAUUUAUUUAUAUUAUUUCGCUUAA